AUUGUCUGGUAACUUUGGCAAAACAAUCAAAUUUAAAAUUAAACAAGCUAAAUAAGCCUAUUGAUGGCCAUCAGCCAGUAGAUGAACCUUUCAGUAUUGUUUCUGUAAUAUUUUCUAAGCUCAGGCCUUGCAAGGGACUUCUAAAGGCACAAAACAUAAAAGGAAAGAAUGCAAUAAUAAAAACAGCCAAACUUGUAAACAAUGCUCCUUGUCUGCUCUUAAAAUAAAUACACCAGGAUACAUUUUAGAUAAUGAGUUAAAAAUCACAGCCUUUGUCUUAUUGGGUGGGAAACUCAGUUGGAAAAUGUAUUAAUUUCUGUUAUUUAUGUAGUUAUGGUAUGUGUUUAUUUUCCAAAAAGAAUAAAACCAUCCAUAGCCCAUCUAUGACACUUUAGGUCUGAAUUUUUAUUCCUAUAAAAUUAUACAAUUUUUCCUAAUUUUUGACAAAUUUUGUAAAAUAUAAACAAACAUAUAUAUUUUACAGCAUAAAUCAAGGUGAUAUGGCAUAUUUUGUAAUUUCACUAAUGUAUCCUGGCACAAAUGAUCACAUUGUUUUUCGAAUAAAAUAAGUGGAAUGAAAUUAUUGGUAGAAUAAAAAAUAUAUUAAUAGUUAACAAAUAAAUACAUUUAAAAUAACUAAAAAGAAGCUGUGGAAAUUAGAAUGAAGGAAAACUCAGUUUCCCAUGAAACAGUUCAUUUUCGUUCAUGCGCACUAACGCGCAGCUUUCCCGUUAAGCGUCAGUACCAUGACAACAGGAUGAUGGUUCUCAGCAAGAUGGUGAGGAAUGUAAUGUUUGUGUGACCGAGGAGUGAGGAACGAACACUGGCUUUUGUGAAGUUCAGGACACCAUGUCUCUGUUCAAAGCCUGUGACUGGUGGUCAGCAACUCUUGGCGAGGGUGAAGAGUUUGACCAGGGGUGUUUAUGUGUUGGAGACGUGGACAACAGUGGGACAGGACAUGACAAGAUCAUCGUAGGCAGUUACAUGGGGAUGCUGCGAAUCUUCUCCCCGCAUGCCAACAAAUGCACUGAAGGCAGCCCAGCUGAUGCGCAGCUCCUUGAAGUCCAGCUUCAAAACGCCAUCAUCCAGGUUGAAGUGGGCAGGUUUGUCUCGUGUUCAGAGUUUCUCCACCUGGCUGUUCUUCACCCCAGGAAGCUGUCGGUCUACGCUGUUUUUGGAACUGCAGGGAAUGUGGAUCAUGGAGAUCAGUACCAGCUGAAGUUGAUUUAUGAGCACAACCUGCAGAGAACUGCUUGCAACAUGACGUAUGGCACAUUUGGAGGGGUCACAGGUCACCAUUCUUUGUGCAUCCAGUCCAUGGACGGGAUGCUGAUGUUCUUCGAGCAGGACAGCUACACCUUUGGCAGGUUCCUCCCUGGUUUUCUGCUGCCUGGUCCACUAGCUUACAACUCGAGAACUGACAGCUUCCUCACGGUGUCGUCUGCACGUCAGCUGGAGAGCUACAAGUAUGAGACUCUAGCCGUGUCUGCAGAUGCAGAAAGUCGGCAGGAUUCAGACUUGCCCCCAAAAACCGGAGGCAAGAGGCUGUCGCCUGACUGGACGUUUGUACUGGGAGAACAGGCCCUGGAUGUGUCAGUUCCCUCCUUCUCCCAUUCGUCUUCCUCCAUCCUUGUGCUGGGUGAGAGAAACCUCUUCUGCUUCCGUGACAACGGACAGAUCUGCUUCAUGAAGAAACUGGAGUUCAACCCCAGCUGUUUUCAACCCUACGCUUCAGGGACAGAUGGCACCACAAGUCUGCUGCUAGGCAACCACACCAACAUGCUGCUGGUUUACCAGGAUGUGACUCUGAAGUGGGCCGCCCAGCUCCCGUUUGUGCCUGUAGCUGUUCGUGUUGCCAACUUCACGGAGUUGAGGGGGGCUGUGGUCAGCCUGACCUCAGACGGUCAUCUGCUGUGCUCCUACAUGGGGACAGACCCCUCGUUCUUCUCAACACCUAAAGUCAAUGCCAGAGAGGUUGACUAUGAGCAGGUGGACGCUGAGAUGAAGAAGCUGCACAGGUUCAUCAGAGAGGCCACCAGGACUCAAGACAUCCUUCCCAAAACCGAUGCUGUGGAGGACCUCUCUGUCUCAUCCAACGUGUCCUCCAGCCUGGACAAGCCAUCACAAGCUCUGAUCCAAGAUAUGGAUGGUCUACCUGUCCCUUCAGUGACCGUGCAGGUGAAAAUAAAGGCCCUUUCUGCGCUGCAGUCCUUUAAGCUGUCCAUUUGUGUCCAGCCUCCGUUAGCUGUUACUGAAGACCAGUUUGCUCUGGAGCCCAUGGGUGUUGGUUCAACCAAAGUUGUGGCAUUUUCAGCCUUCCUCAAUGGCCGCUACCCCCCUGCCGACUUGACUGGAGACAUCAUUGUGUCCUACAGCUCACCAACAGAACUUAAUCCUAAAGGAGUUCCCCGGGUUCUCCAAUCCAGGUUCAGUCUUCCUCUGGCUUUGGUGUGUGUGCCCUCAUCUCCAGCCAAAAACACCAAGUUUAAAAUCACCGUGGACACCAACCAACCACCUGUUGACCUCAGCUCCAUUUUUCGAGAGUUUUCAGCAAAAACAGAAGAUAAGGAUGGGAGUAGUUUGGCUUUCCAGCUUCUGUCAGGAACCAAAGUUACAGUUGUGGCCUCAAAGACCUCCCAGCGCUACCGUAUCCAGAGUGACAGUUUUGAGGACAUGUGGUUAGUGGUGAAGGAAUUGCUUCAGCGGUUCGAUCAGCAUUUCGCCAAACUGGGAAUCAAAGACUUCAGGAAAAGUUUCAGCGGUUCUCUCCCUCUUCAGGACUACUUCCUGUCUGUAGACCAUCACUUUCAGCUGCGUGUUAGCGCUCAGCAGUACCAAGAUCUGCUCUCCGAGCGAGCGGUCCAGUUCAGAGCCAUCCAGCGCCGCCUGCUGACUCGAUUCAAAGACAAGACCCCGGCACCUCUCCAGAACCUGGACACACUGCUGGAGGCCACUUACAGCCAGGUGAUGGCUUUGGCGGAGGCUGCUGAGGACAACCGGGCACUGCUGGAGCAGGCGUUUGUUCGUCUGCGAAGUGCCACGCACCUUCUGGUGCUGCUGAUGUCGCUGUGGCAAGGACUGACCCCCGAUCAGACUGCCAUCUUGGAAGCUACACUGCUACCGCUACUGCAGGACACACCACAGCUGGGAUGGGAGGAGAGCUGUGAUGCUGCCGUGUCUCAUCUUCUGCGGAGCUGCUUGUCCCAAAGCCCCAAAGACCAGGCCACUACUCUGGCCCAGACAGGAGGCCUCGUGCUUGGCCUUCCUCAGGACACCGCUCGUCUCAAGAAGCACAUCGCCCUGCUGUGUGAUCGUAUCGGCAAAGGCGGUCGCCUCACUCUGGCUUCUGAUGCUAAUGUCCAGGUUCCUGCUCAGGUCCAGAAUCUGGCUGCUCCAGUGAGCGUAAGUGGGUGUGCAGACGUGUGCAUUCAGGAGGGACUGAAAAAGCGUGAAGCCCACAGUCAAAUUGUUGGUAACCACAGCAGCGCAGUGUCACCCCCAUCUUCAAACCGCUGCCCAGAAUAAAGCUGGAAUGCGAUGGUGUCUCCACGUUUUAGACCAGCACAGGGACGUCUAUUGGAAGCAGCUUCACCCCUCAACCAGGGUGUCCAGAGUCGCUGUCCCAGAGUGGCCUCUAAUUGUCACGCACAGAUUUAAAUGUCCCGUAACGGACCAAACUGUUACAAAACAGCCUCUGGCUUAACUUUUUAUAUUGCAGUCGCUCAACUGUGAAGCCUUUUGAACAGUCUGGACCCCUUCAUCAUUAGAAAGGGAGUUAGGGUGGUACAAUAACCUCAGUGUCUUUGAGGUUUGGAUUACUUUAGAUAUUUAAAUAAUACUUUUAUACUUUACCUGAACAUGUUCAUAUUAUUUUGAAUAAAAAUUCUAUACCAUGCUUGAAGUUUUGACUCAAACUGGAGUUUGUGCUUUAAUCAUUGACAUUUCCAGUGCACUUCUUAUAGUGCAGAUAAAGUAGACGAUGUUUACACAGAAGAUUUAUCACAAACGUAAAGCUUUUUGUGACUUCUUUUCUUAACUCAGGCUCAACCAGUGGCUGUGCGGCCACUUUGUAGUUUUGUAUUUUUUAUUUAAGAGGCCUCAUUGACCAUGUAUUUAAGAAGAAAGAAAAAACUGGAUUAAAAAGUUUUUUUUAGUCUGAUUUAACCAUUUAAUAUGCACCUAAAUUGCAUCAAUAAAAAUGUAGAGCGUGUGUGGCUCCUCUAGCUGCAUGCUUUGGGACAAAAAUUAAUUAUUGGACUGUCAACCAUGUGCAUGCAUCAAUGGAACAAUAGCACAACUACAUAUCUACAAAAUAAAGAUCAUGGUACAUUUUCAAGAUGAAGAAAUUGUUGAAAACAGACUUUUUUCAGUUCAGGUGAAGGUGCAGGUUCCCGGGUCAUGGAUGCGUGGUUUUGGAUGGAGAUCAGAGAUGAAGAGGGUGGGAGACAAACAUGCACCCACUCCCCCGUGAGCCUGAGCAGCACAGAGAUGUAAAUAAAGUAGUGAAUAGAUGAUGGAUACAGGAGAGACUUAAUUAGUAAUAUGAUGUUAUUUUACAGCACUAACCCAGAAUUAAAGCAGUUACUCAUUAUUUAUGGAUUUGUUUCUCAUAAGGUCUGAUGAAAGUUAUUCAUUAAUUUAUGUUUGUUGAUCACUCACACUCUGUGAGCAGGAAGUUAGAGAUUUAAAUCUCGUCUUCAUUCUGCUGCAUUUAAUUUACAAAACUAUCUUAACUCAUUAACAAGUGAGAUAAGUUAAUAAAUUUAAAUGAUUUUAGCAGCAAAUCAUCCCCAAAUCAACUUUUUUUCCUGAUAAACUAUAUAAUUGAGUGUCUAAUAGUGCUGUAGACAUGUAAAAUCAUUUUUGGCAUUUAUGUGCAUAUUGUUUCAAAUUUAAAUAUUCAGUCUAAGAACUGGCAGUGUAGCUCCUUCUUCAGGUUAAAAGUCUGCACCACAUUUGAAUUUGUAUUAAGCCUGGUUUAUGCUUCUCCGUCAGCUCCGCAAGGGACAGACACGCACGGAUUGACUGAAGCGUUUUGCUUUCAUACUUCUCCGUCUCCUGGAGAGUGUUGCAAAGAAAUUCCCCGGCAGGACAACAGAGGGCGUAGCGCUGCAGUGUCUCCAGGAACGGUGCACCCAAAAAAAAAAAAGAAAAAAAAGUAUCUGUCCAAGAUCGUGUGUUUAUAUUGUGUUUUUUGUGUAUAUAAGAGACUUUUAACACGGACAUAUUUGUCUCUCAUUCUCCUCCAUCUCUUCAUGCGCUCCCCACCUCUAAACCCACGUUUCCUGUCAUUUCCGUCCACAAAUAAAACGCUUGCUGCGCAUCUUUUCACUCCUCCAGUCACGGGAGAAUUAAACGUAAAUAAUUUUAGAGUUUUUUCGCGAGGUAGUCUUCAAGCUUCUCCGUGUCUGCCGCUAGUUUUCCUCGGCUCUCUUUGCAAUGGCGGCACUGUAAACAACAGCGGCAUCCUGACCAAUCACAAGCUUGCGUAAUCCGUCUCGUUCGACGGAUGUUUAAAAAAGUGGGCUCGACUCCGUACGUACUUGCGUGCCUGUCGGAUCCCUACGCAAGGACGGAUAAUGACGUUGCGUGUGCUCCGCACUGACACAGACGGAGAAGCAUAAAUCAGGCUUUAGCCGUCGCUAUUGGCUAAGUGGUGAACUUAGCCAGUGUUUCUGACGUGGCUGCUCUGCACUGCGGCGGAGUCUCGUCCGCACGUCCUGCUGACUCACUCACAAGCAAAUACGAAAUGAUACGACUCAGAACCGCUCGCCUCCUCCAAAAAUUCUUCUGUCCUUCCAUUUCCUCUCUUCCCUCUGGUGGAGGUCAAGAAAAAUCUUCCAGACAUUUUGGCACAUUUUUCAAACAGGAGGUGUCAGUGGAGUAAAACUUUGGUAGGGGGGUGACUUGCUCUUUAAGUAAUAAAUAGAAAUAUAUUUUAAAAGAUUGGGAAUAAUUGUUCAAAGAGUUUUUAUUAAAACAAAAAUUACAAAGUGGUGCAAAUCAAAGUUAAAAAAACUAAGUAAAGACAUAAAAUACAUACAAUUAAAUAUAAGCAGAUACAGUAAAAUUCAUCUGUUUGCCAUUUACAAAUGUAGUUUAUAUAUAAAGUAAUUCAUUUAGUUUUGUGUCAAAUUAUAAUAAAUACUAUAAUUCCUGCAUUUACCACAACUUUUGACUGUAAUUUUGGUCAAACUGAUAACCUGUCCAGUGAGUCAAGGAUAGACCGUAACAUGGCCUAAAGAAACACAGAAACACACCACAACUCCGGCCGGGUGGUAAUCUCCCGUCUAUUUACGGAGAGGCAGGGAGAAGCAGGAAUGUGUGAGAGGUUAGCGGGAAACAAGCCUGACUGUGAUUUCAUUCCUGUUUCAGAGUAAAGCUGCUGCAGCGGGGGCCAAUUU